CGUCCCCCGUCCCCGGUCCCCGCCACCGCCACCCCUGAUCGCUGGCCGCUAGCCGCCGGAAGCCCGGGGGAUGCGGUGAACUGGAAUAUUCCCUAAUCAAUCAAAUUACAGAUAUGCCUCACAGAACCGAGCUGUACCAGGACGUACCCUCGACAUGCUGGCCGAUCGUCUACUCUCCGGGAUACAACAUCACAUUCAUGGGCUUGGAGAAGCUCCAUCCAUUUGAUGCAGGAAAAUGGGGGAAGGUGAUCAAUUUCCUGAAAGAAGAAAAGUUGAUUGCAGAUGACAUGAUUGUAGCAGCCCGUGAAGCAACAGAAGAAGACCUGCUGGUGGUACACACGAGGCGAUACUUAAACCGGCUGAAGAACCAUAUCUUGGAGAGCUCUCCAGAGUGGUCGUUCGUCGUGGCAACGAUUACUGAAAUCCCUCCAGUGCUUUUUCUUCCUAAUUUCCUGGUGCAGAGGAAGGUGUUGAAGCCACUAAGAACCCAGACAGGAGGGACGAUAAUGGCAGGUAAACUGGCAGUUGAUCGAGGAUGGGCCAUCAACGUAGGUGGUGGAUUCCAUCACUGCUCCAGUGAUAAAGGUGGAGGGUUUUGUGCUUACGCUGACAUCACAUUGUCUAUUAAGUUUCUGUUUGAGCGAGUAGAAGGUGUGUCCAGAGCCACUAUUAUAGAUCUAGAUGCACAUCAGGGAAAUGGCCACGAGAGAGACUUCAUGUAUGAUAAUCGAGUGUAUAUUAUGGACGUCUACAAUAGAUACAUUUAUCCAGGGGAUGGGUUUGCUAAACGAGCCAUAAAGCGGAAGAUUGAACUGGACUGGGGGACGGAAGACAAAGAAUAUCUCCAGAAGGUAGAGAUGCACGUGGCGGGAGCACUGAAUGAACUGAGGCCAGAUGUUGUUAUUUAUAAUGCAGGAACCGACAUUCUGGAUGGGGAUCCACUCGGAGGCCUCGCCAUCUCCCCCCAGGGCAUUGUGAAAAGAGAUGAGAUCGUGUUCCGAGCUGCCCGCACCCACCGUGUUCCCAUCUUGAUGGUGACCUCCGGAGGUUAUCAGAAGAGGACAGCUCGGAUCAUUGCCGACUCCAUCCUGAAUCUCCAUAGCUUGGGGCUCAUUGACAAGAAUCUUGCAACCGGCGAAGCCAAAAGCUCCGAGGUAGAACUGAUGCUCAGAACUACACCCCUGUUGGAAGCGACUCAGCUGCCAGUGUAGAGAGAGCACUUGUCCUCCCUCUUCGUCAUCUUAGUUAAUUUAAAGGAGCCGACUAAUUAUGUGGUAUUUAAAUCUAGAACUGUGAUUGGAUCCAUGUCAGUAGAUAGAAAAACAUUUUGGGAGAGAGUUUCUGGGACUGUUUUUGUGUAUUUAUUUUUUUUAUUUAUUUUGAAGACCCUGAAGAAGGGUUGACGUGGUCUAAGCGAAUGCAGAUCAGUUACUCCCUAGAAUCCUGUGGGAGGUUUUGGUGUACAGCAGGAACUCUCAUGAGCCACCAGAAAGCUUGACCUCAGUUGCUCGGAGUUUGGUCGCUUUGGAGGGGGUGGGGAAAAGGGAAGCUUUUGGCCUAGUGUGAGUCUGCCCCUGGAACAGGGUCAGAAAAGCAGCCAGGGCCCCAGUGGGCAGAAUCAGUGGCUGCUGCUUGGUUGCCGUUGGUAUGCUCCGGAAGUGAAUUCUGGAAAAGGGGGGAGAAGGAGGGAGGGAGGAAAAGAAAGAGUUGGAGAGAGAAGGGGACACAGCAGGCAGAGUGAUCUCCCCUUGUUUGAGGAGCCAGGUGGGGAUCUGCGCAACAACGAUUAGGCUCACUUGAACCACCUCUUCCUCUCUCGGAUUUUCUGCUAGUUGUUUGUGUGUGCAUCAUAAUUGGCCUCGCUUUCUUCUUUGGUUUCAACUUUGUUUGCUGAUUGUGGCUCCCAUAUGGGCUUUCUCAGCCAAACACUUACUCCUGGGGUGAAGUUCCCCAUCAGUGGUGCCCUCUUCACACAUGAAGGACGACUCUCUGUAUUUCAUUCCACAGCCCUUCAUUUCCUUAGACAUUUCAAGUCUUUCCCAAACAACCGAUCAUUGAAAUCUGAGUUGGUGAAUCUGAGUUUAUUAGCACUGGCCCUUGCUCUCAGUGCUUAAAAUAAAUCAGGCUGCAGGCCUAGAAGAAAUGAAAUAUUCCCUCCUGUUCCUUUCUGCAUGGUUUUCGUGCAAUGCUUUAUCUAGUGGGCAGGAAAAUGAGCAAGAAUCCAUACUUGAUAUAGGCAGAAACUUCUGUAUUCAGUUCUGCCAAAAUUAGUUCUUUCACUACAUGCUUUGGCUAGAACACUGUCAGGAAACCGGGGGAUGUUCUUGCAACAACGCUAGCUUGUUUGGAUCCAGCACCAUGUGGUGUCAGAACAAACCGCUGUGUGCCUAGAUGCGGGCACAUGGCAUAAGACAUGGGCGAGUACUCCAGAAUGAGUCUUCUUUAACCCAGGGUUCUGCAGGAAUGCCUCACCCACGUUCUAGGAGAACUUGGUGUACUUUCUUGGCCCAGAGAGAUGAAGAGCAGGAGGAAGUGAGGAUGGGUAGGUAGGCAGAAGUGGGAAGGAGGGUAUAGUGAGGAAAGGACCUGGGAAAUAAGGGUGGGGUCAUUGCCCAUGUGUGCAGGCUGAAUAUAGUUUUUUUUUCAGCUGCUUGAAUUUUCAAACCUCUUUGCAAGGCUGUGUUUAAGAACAGUCACCCACUUAAUAGGUUACCAAUUUGCAGAGGCUUAUCUCUUCGUAUCCCAAAUGGAAACCAUGAGGUCAGCCUUUCUUGGAGCCAGAGACAUGAAGAAUCCUUCUGGGAGUCUUUUGAACAAGGUUUCCCUCCAGAAAUGGGUUAACAGGACAACUCCGUGCUGCUCCCAAAUGACAUCAGAAGGAAGAGGACUCAGCUCUGAGAUUGUUUUGUUUUACUAGUGGGUGAAGGUGCAGAAGUUCUCCAAUUUAGUUGUGGUGGGGCGGUAUUUUCAGUCUCCCUCCGAUGAGAUCGAUUGAGCACUGAACACUGAAGCAACUUAGGAGUAAAUAUUACUGUCGGUGGUCUGGCUUGUUCUGUUCCUUUGGAUCUUCUCCCAUUCAGGAGCUUGUGAAGUUUUUCAAAGAACAUCCUGUAGGUUUUGGGAGUAGAGUAAAUAGGCAAGGGGAGUUGCACUUAAACUUGAGGUCUGUCUCCUCCAGAAAGGGUCAGAGCCAUGGAGGAGGUUUCUCUUAUUUUCCUCUUCUUUUGACUUAAUGAGGUCUUUCAUUUGCUUUCCAAGGAAAGCCAGGGGUGCUAAUCAGAACAGUUGGGGGAUGCAUUAUCUCAGGAGAGGCUUUCCCAACUUGUGACCAAUGGGCCAUUUCCCAUACAUCUUGGCUCUGGGGCAGGUUUCAUCCUCCCAGUUGGGAAUUCAGUUGCUCAGUGGUGAUGCAGUAGCUGUAACUCUAAGCUGCUGACUUAUCACCGGAUGGAAAUAGCAAAUGCUUACUACUUACCACUGGUCACCUCCACCACCACAGACUCUGCAGUUUCGGGAUGAGCUGUACUGAUUUGCACAGUCAAGUCGUGAAAUGGCUCCUUCUUGGAGGAACCUCGAGUCAAGGCUUAAAAUCCACUUCCACAUUCCGUGGGAGCACCGUGACAUAAAAACAAAGCAAAACAAAAACUAGUGUCUGCACUUAAUGGGAAUAGCAUCCGAGCUCAGCCCUUCUUGGAUUGUGAGCCCCUUGAGGGCCAGGGACUGUGUCUAAUUUUCACCCGUGUAUUUUUCCCCAGUACAGCACUCUGGACAAAAUAAGUGCUUAAUAAAUACCACACUACUACUACUACUUGGUUUAGGAGGAGACCUGUAUGGAAUUUUCAAGCACCCCCAAAAUGAUGCUGGUUUGACUUCCAGGAGUCAGAGCCUCACUGCACACUCUAGGACAAGACGCCAGUUCUUUCGGCUAACAGCGGUGCCACAGUCUUAAACAGUCACAUUUAGCCGUCAUGGGAAAACUUACCUCUUUUAACAUUAGCUCUUAAGCGGUACAAGUCCACUGUUGUAGAAAGCUACACAAGUUCUAAAAUGUUCAUGCUUUGCACCACGUUUGGCAAGAUGCACUAAUGCUAGGAUUGUGAUUUAGUGAUUUAAAAUGCACUUUUUCAACUCCCCACUGACAGGACAACAGAGCACUGCGAGGGGAAGUGAACGUUGACUUUUUUCCUAGAUUUCUUGGAUAUGUGGUACUUAAACACAUGUCAUUAUACUUUCUCCUUUGUUAUAAUUUUUAUAAGACAAUAUUUGUAUGAGACACAGUACUAGUGCCAUCCAGACUCUUCAAGACAGGGGUUUGGUUUGUGUUUAGUGUUUCUAUUCUCAUGUGAAAUUAUUAAACUAAUUUAACUGACUUGC